AUUCGACAGUUCGACACUAAGCCCGAACUGGCAACAGCGUUUCACUUUCCAUCAGUAUUCGGUUUAGAUCGGUGCGUUGGUGAGGGGCGAAAUAAUCCUACCUUCACCUGUGGUGUUGUAGAUAAAUAAUUUUACAGUAACUUAAAUGUUGUAAUCUGCGGUAUAUUCCUAUAUCGUAGAGUCGAUUUCUUAAGUUGUGCUUUCGUCAUCAAUUUCUUUUGUGUUUACGAGAAGUAAACUUUGAGAAAAGUUUUUGAUAAAGUUCUAACUUUUUUUGUUGUCUUGUAUCGUGUUAUGUAAAUUGAAACUUAAUCACCAUUAAAAUGGCAGCAGCAUUAGAUUCUAACAUAACGAGCACAAAAAUAACAUUAAAUAAUGGAACGCAAAUGCCUGCAGUGGGGCUGGGAACCUACCGCAUCCGUAGCCCUGAAGUUAUCAUGACUGUAGUUGAUCAAGCCCUAUCAGCGGGAUAUCGUAUGUUUGAUACUGCUGCAGUGUAUCGUAAUGAAACCAGUUUAAGGGAAGCAUUUAAAACCCUACUUCCCAAACAUGGAUUGGAGAGGGACGAUAUUUUCAUAACUACUAAGUUAUCUCCUGCUGAACAUGGUGGAUCAGAAGCCAUAUCGAGAGCAUACAAACACUCGCUGGAGAAUUUAGGUUUAGAUUUUGCAGAUUUAUAUCUGAUACAUUUCCCUGGAACACAAAAAUUAGCCGUGAAUGAUAAGAGGAAUGCAGAACUACGGCUUACAACUUGGGCCAGCAUGGUUGAGCUUUAUGAUAAUGGUCUUGUCAAUGCUAUUGGUGUUUCCAACUUUACUAAGUACCACCUGAAGUUACUUAUGGAGCGAAACCACGGUGUGGUUCCAGCUGUAAACCAGGUCGAGUGGCAUCCGUUCUACUAUCAAAUGGAACUUCUCGAUUACUGCAAGGCAAAUGAUAUUGUUUUGCAAGCAUAUUGUUCACUUGGAGGAAAAUCACUAAAGAAUGAUGAUUUGCUAACCCAUCCAGAGGUAACAGCUAUAGCUCGGAAACUAGAGGUGACUAAUGCUCAACUUUUAUUAAGGUGGGCUCUACAACAAGAUGUAGCGGUUAUUCCAAAGUCCACUAAUCCCUUGCACAUCAAGCAGAACAUUUCUCUCAACUUUGACAUUGCACCUGAAGACUUGCACACUCUAAAUAACCUUUCAACAGGAACAUCGGUAAAAUAUGCGUGGGAUCCCAGCAUAAUUGUCUGAAAUAGGCGAUCAAAAGGCUCCUCGUCUAAAUCUAAGGCAGGUGCCAGUCGCAACUAAGUUGAGACUUCUGUACAAAACUAAAAUAGUUUUUAGAAUAAAUUGGGGAAUGAGUUUGCUAUGGUCAGUUAUAAAAUAUUACCUGCUUUGGGAGAAACCUUGAUUAUUUCCAAUUGACUAUUUCAACAAAGAGACUUAGGUCACAUGAUGCUGUGCAGUGUUGUAAAGUCAACUAUUAAACUACAGUGUGUAAUGGACAAUAGACGCUACGUCGAUAUGGUAGAGCUUGUUCUCAGGGGUGUGAAAGAAACUUCAACCCACGAUUGACUGGUAAAACUUAAAAAUUCGCGGUACGCAUUGUGGGCGCGUGCGUCGCGGGCUACGACCUUCUACGCAAGCGUCGAGCGGUCAGUGGCGGGGAAGUGGAAUAGUGAUGUGGCGAUGCCACUAGAGUUGCUCGCAUGCGUUCUACACAAACCAUAAUCGAGAUGUCGCGUUACAAAUGUUAUUUAUUCGAGACUUCGAGUUAUGAUAAAUUUCAUGACAAAUUAAAUCUAAUUAAAUUAUAAUAGAGCUAUUGUAUGUUUAUGUGUUUCAUACCUAGCAGUUCAUUUCCUUUGUCUAAAUUUUCGCUUUAAAUGUUGCAAUUGUCAUAAGUUUAUUAAUGUUAUAGUUCGUUGUAGUAGUUUCGAUUUACUAUAUUAGAUUAUAUUAAGUUUCAAACUUAGUUAUAAACUAUAAAGUAUGAAUUUAAGAGCGUAGGCAGGGUUCGUUAGGUAGGUGGAACAAUAUGGGUACAUUUUAUAAUUAACAUAAGAUGUAACAAAUGAGGUGGAAGUCUGCAAUACGGCAGUUGGUUAUUUGCACUAAAUUAAUAUUUUUUACGAAUAGAUGUGAUUUAAGUUUAGCACGCAAAUAAUGCGUGAGAAGAAAAUUACGAGUAAGGAUUAAAAAAGUACACAUAUCCACUACAGUUAUACCUAUAUACCUAUUUCUCGAAGACAAAUAUUUGUAGCUAUGUGUAUUCACUAGUUUUAUUAACGAUACUAUACUCAGUAGGUAGGCACUGUAGUGAAAUAACUUAUCUUUGUGUAUAGGGGUUAAUGAACUAAAUAGUUCAGUGUGAAACUUCAAUAUUAUAGUAACUCGUACUAUUUCACUUCGUAUCAAAAAUAUCGUAGAUAUUAAAAAGCACUUCCCGUGCAGCAGUGCCCCUUUCGAAUUUGAUUAACAAAAUGCUUCUUGAUCACGUUUAAAAUUUUAUAAGAUUAGUUUAAAUGGGUGUUAUUAAGUAAGAGUUUCAUUACUAGGUAUUAUUAUAAUAAAGUAAAUGUAUAUUAUUGUACGUGAUUUACUGCAUAGCGUCUCUGUUGUUAGAUGAAAUAUUUACCUUUUGUCUUUUGUCCCGCCAUCCUUCGUGUGAAUAGGGGGGCCAAAAGACGAAAGGUAAAUAUAGGUGGUUGUUGCAUUCGUAUCACGCGCUGUUCACAUAUAUUAUAUUUACACAAGUACCUAUGUGCUAUUUUGCCAUAUAAUAUGUUUCUGUUGAUUUUUACAAAUGCCGUAGAGUUUAAUCUGUGUGUUUUAAUUUGGUUAGAUAGGUAGGAUUUCGUUAAGACUGGGUGCGUACAAAUUGCCAGAUAUAGGGACACCAAUACGGUUACUGUAUUGUUGGUACCAAUAGUGAUGAGAGCUUAGGUACUUUCCAAAUGUUGCUUGUUUUUAAGAUCAUUCUCUUCUUUCCCUUUACGUUUAAUGUCGAAUGUAUACAGCCAAAGUGAAUAUAAAAUGAAAAAAAAGACAAGAUAAACUACAUACAAUUAAAUCUUUAAAAAAUAUCUCGUUUAGGUACUAAGAACGAAAAUAAAUAUUUUAAAAUCUUAUAUGCUAUGCGAACCGACUAUCAGCUGAAAGUAAUGACCGAUCUCGAUCUUAAUCCUAAAUCUCUGGAUCGAUCUGGAUUUUUAGAUGACACUCAGAACUAAUCUUAAAAAUCGACCUUCACAAAGCUUUGGGAGUGAGAUCGGUUGUUGUUAGUUUUGGCUGUUAGUCAACUCGACCUAAACUUCAUCUGGUUCAAUCAUCCUCACAAAUUAAUAUUGUUCGGUACAAUCACUUUGGCUGGAACAUGUACGUCCUAUUCGAAAAUAACUAAAGUACGAAGUGUGGACCACUACUAAAAUAUGAGCUUAAACUAUACUACGGACUGAUCUAUUCUGAAAUGUACUUGCGAUGUUUCAAUUUAUUUGUCAAACUAUCUUUGGUAUGUGCGUUAAACGAAUGCAUUUUGUAUGUAAUAAGGCACAGAUAUCUGCGCAAGCGAUAGAUUGCAUUGUUGUUGAGAUUUGCUUGGCGUUGUGUGCGAUAUGUUAUCGAUGUAUCUCAGUGCUUUUGGGUGGCUAACCUACGGUAUGAUUCAUCGAUUUAAUUUAACAUCUAGUUCACAUCUAGAUGUUGCCGACUGUAGUCAACUUAAGUUGACAUCUGAGUAAAAUAUUUUGAAAUUUUCCUAUUCAAGCUUUUUAGCUCCUACGAAAGCACGAUACUGAUAACAUUGAAUAGAAAUAUAUUUAUAAUUAAUUAUAAAUUGAGUUAUAGUAAAUACUCAUUUUUAUGUAUUUUUGUUCAUUUCUUUAAUUUGUUGUACCUAAACAUAUUGUGAUAAUGCAUCGUUUCUGUUCAAAACAAAGCGGUGCAGUCGAAUAUUAUUUAAUUAUUAUUAUAUAAAUUGUAGGUAUAUUUAUGCUACAUACUUGAUUGUAUAUAACUAUAUGUAUACUCACCAAUUGUUACUUUUAUGUUAAUGCAAGAAACACGUUUUAAAUUAAAUAAAUGUCUAAAUGUUCAAA